ACAGAGCUCAAGGAGGCCUUCUCUCUCUUUGACAAGGAUGGCGACGGCACCAUCAACUCCCAUGAGCUCGGCACCGUCAUGCGCUCCCUAGGCCAAAACCCAACCGAUGCUGAGCUGCGAGACAUGAUCAGCGAAGUCGAUGCCGACGGAAACGGCACCGUGGACUUCCCUGAGUUCUUGACGAUGAUGGCGCGCAAGAUGGGCGAGAAGGAUGUCGACGAGGAGUUGAGGGCUGCGUUUGAGGUAUUCGACAAGGAUGGGAGUGGGACGAUCAGCGCGGCUGAGUUGAAACAGGUCAUGCAGAGCCUUGGCGAGAAGCUCACCGACAACGAGGUCGACGAGAUGGUUCGUGAAGCUGACCAGGACGGUGAUGGCACCAUCAGCUUCGAAGGUUCGUACCAAAGCCUCUGUGAACGCACUACUACUCACUUAUUAUCCUUCGUAUUCAGAGUUCGUCAAGGUUCGUUCUUCCUACUCGUCCUCCGCCAUGAAUUUCUCUGUCUGACUGACUUCCAUUCGGAUUUCUCUAGAUGA